UGAUAAUGGCCAUGAGUUCACAGCAGAAAUAAUCAAAGAAUUAUUAACUAUUUGGCUUAACGUUCAUAUAAUUAAUGGCUGUCUGAGGUAUCCACAAAGCCAGAGGCUUGUGGAAUAUACAAACGAUGUUCUUCAGCAAAAAGUAUCCAAGUGGAUGGAAGAUACUGGAAGGAAGGAUUGGUCUCGAGCAGUGCCUUUAUGCUAUGCAAUAAAUAUCCAAAUAUCUAGACAAACUAAAAAUAGUCCAUAUGUAUUAGUAUUUGGACAAAACCCUUUACACCAUUUUACUAUAUUAAAAAAAAUCAAAGAACAACAUAUUAAUUCAGAAGAUGAGUUAUCUGAGAACUGGUUUGAACCAUCCGAGCCUCGAGAUGAUUUUGAUCAGCAAGAAGUUAUAGAGUCACUUUUAGGAGCCACAGCAUUAAACAUCAA